CGGGAACGCGCUCUCUCGGCGGCGCGCGCGCUCCCAGUCUCCACCACCCACCAGCUCCUCCGGCACCAGCAGCAAGCCGCGCCGCCGCCACCGCCCACCUUCUGCCGCCGCCGCCGCCGCCGCCGCCACAACCACCUUCUCCUCCGCUGUUCUCUACUAUUUUCGCCCUCUGUAGACCAUCAGGCUUUGAACCAGUAUGGCUGAACCUCGACAGGAGUUUGGCACGAUGGAAGAUCAUGCUGGUUGCUACACUCUGCUCCAGGACCAAGACGGAGACAUGGACCAUGGCUUGAAAGCGUCUCCCCCACAGCCCCCUGCCAAUGAGGGAUCGGAGGAAGCAGGGUCGGAGACCUCUGAUGCUAAGAGCACCCCAACUGCUGAAGACGUGACUGCGCCCCUAGUAGAAGAGAGAGCUUCCGACAAGCAGGCUGCUGCCCAGCCCCACAUGGAGAUCCCAGAAGGAACCACAGCUGAAGAAGCAGGCAUUGGAGAUACCCCGAACCUGGAGGACCAAGCCGCUGGGCAUGUGACUCAAGAGCCAGAGAAGGUCCAGAUUUUCCCAGAAAGUUUGCUUGGAGGGCCAGGGCGCCAUGAAGGCCAGGCUCCAGACCCAGGGAUCUCAGAUUGGAUCUGCCAACCGGUGCCUAAGGUGUCUGGGGCUCCCCUCCUGCCACAAGGCCUCAGAGAGGCUACGUGCCAACCUUCGGGGACAAGACCUGAGGAUGUAGAGAGAAGCCACCCAGCCUCUGAGCUGCUGCGCCAAGAGCCACCUCGGAAGGAGGGAUGGGGCAAAGACAGGCUGGGGAGUGAGGAGGAGGCGGAUGAAGAUCUUGACACGGAUGAGUCAUCCCAGGGCUCCCCUCCCUCCCAGGCCCCCCUGGCUCCUGGCAGGGCAGCCCCUCAGGCUGUCUCCAAGGAAACCACUGGCAUGCCUGGGUUCCCAGAUGAGGGUGUCAUCCCACUUCCUGUUGACUUCCUCUCCAAAGUCUCCACAGAGACCCAGGCCUCGCAGCCCGAUGGGCCUGGCACAGGGCCCGUGGAGGAAGGGCCCGAGGCUGCCCCAGAGUUCACAUUCCACGUGGAAAUCAAAGCCAGCAUGCCGAAGGAGCAGGAUUUGCAAGGGGCUACAUUGGUGGGGGCCCCUGGAGAGGAGCCACAGGCCCAGGGCCCCUCUGUGGGAAAGGGCAUCAAAGAUGCUAGCCUUCUGGAACCAUCUGAGAAGCAGCCCGCAGCUGGCCUGCCAGGGAGGCCAGUCAGUCGAGUCCCUCAACUUAAAGCUCGAGUGGCCAGUGUCAGCAAAGACAGGGCUGGGAACGACGAGAAGAAAGUGAAGACAUCCACACCUUCACGAGCUAAACCCCUGAGCUGUAGGCCCUGCCUUAGCCCCACACGCCCCCGUCCUGGUAGCUCAGACCCUUUGAUCAAACCCUCCAGCCCUGCUGUGUGCCCUGAGCCAGCCACCUCUCCUAAACACGUCUCUCCUGUCACACCCCGAAAUGGCAGUCCUGGAACAAAGCAGAUGAAACCCAAGGGGGCCGAUGGUAAAACUGGAACCAAGAUGGCCACACCUCGGGGAGCAGCCCCUCCAGGCCAGAAAGGCACAUCCAACGCCACCAGGAUCCCAGCCAAGACCACGCCCAGCCCAAAGACUCCUCCUGGCUCAGGUGAACCACCAAAAUCUGGAGAACGCAGCGGUUACAGCAGCCCCGGCUCCCCUGGGACCCCUGGCAGUCGCUCCCGAACCCCAUCCCUACCAACGCCACCUACCCGGGAGCCCAAGAAAGUGGCAGUGGUCCGCACUCCCCCCAAGUCACCAUCUGCCAGUAAGAGCCGCCUGCAGACUGCCCCUGUGCCUAUGCCAGACCUGAAGAACGUCAGGUCCAAGAUUGGCUCCACUGAGAACCUGAAGCAUCAGCCAGGAGGCGGGAAGGUGCAGAUAAUUAAUAAGAAGCUGGAUCUUAGCAACGUCCAGUCCAAGUGUGGCUCAAAGGACAAUAUCAAACACGUCCCGGGCGGCGGCAGUGUGCAAAUAGUCUACAAGCCAGUGGACCUGAGCAAGGUGACCUCCAAGUGUGGCUCAUUAGGCAACAUUCAUCAUAAACCAGGAGGUGGCCAGGUGGAAGUGAAAUCUGAGAAGCUGGACUUCAAGGACAGAGUCCAGUCGAAGAUUGGGUCCCUGGAUAACAUCACCCACGUCCCUGGAGGAGGGAACAAGAAGAUUGAAACCCACAAGCUGACCUUCCGGGAGAAUGCCAAAGCCAAGACAGACCAUGGAGCAGAAAUCGUGUACAAGUCACCUGUGGUGUCUGGGGACACAUCUCCACGGCACCUCAGCAAUGUGUCCUCCACGGGCAGCAUCAACAUGGUGGACUCCCCACAACUUGCCACACUAGCCGAUGAAGUGUCUGCUUCUUUGGCCAAGCAGGGUUUGUGAUCAGGCCCCUGGGGUGGUCAAUAAUCGUGGAGAGAAGAGAGAGUGAGUGUGGAAAAAAAAAAAAAAAGAAUGAUCUGGCCCCUCGCCCUCUGCCCUCCCCGCUGCUCCUCACAGACCGGCUGACCGGCUGGUCAACUAACCUGCUUUUGUGGCUCGGCUUUGGCUCGGGACUUCAAAAUCAGUGAUGGGAAUAAGAGUAAAUUUCAUCUUUCCAAAUUGAUUUGUAGGCUAGUAAUAAAAUAUUUUUAAAGAAAAACAUGUAAAAACAUGGCCAAACCCAACAUUUCCUUGGGCAAUUGCUAUUGAUUCCCCCAUCCCCCCCCCCCCCCCCCCCCUUUGAGUCUUAGAGGGUGAAGGAGGCUCUGGAGGCUGCUUCUGGGGAGUUUUGAGGGACUAGGGCAACUGACUGCCCACAGCCCCAUCCUAGGGGCAUCAGGAACAGCGGCAGCAGCAAGAGAUUUGAAACGUGGUGUGUUCGAAGAGCCCUAGGCAGGUGAUGUUACCAUGUGUGGAUGUGAUGGAGGGCUGAGGCAGGGAAGAAGGCUGAGGGAUGGCUGGGCUGGGAGUCAGAGGGGAGGGGUGAGGAAGACAGGCUAGAGAGAGGACACUGGCUCCUGCCAAGAAGGACAGGUAGCCUCAGCUGCUCACGUCAAGCCUUAGAUGGCACAGUUACCUGUUUGGUAAGGCCCUGGAGAGUGCUGUGAGUCUCUGUGCCCCUUCUGUAAGACAGCCUGUGGGAGAAGACACAGUGGGCAGAAGGGAGGUGGCCAGAAGGUGGUACCUUGUCGAUUGGUUCUCUGAAGGCUGACCUUGACAUGGCAGGGCACUGGCUUCUUCCUCCCUCUCUGCAGGGUGGGAGUCCUGAGCUGAGGGGCUUUGCUCUCCUCUCACAGAAAAACCUCUUUGCUGAGCUCUGGAGUCCUGCGGCCGUGAUUGGGCUACUUCACAGACCUGGGACAUUAGGGCUAACCAGUUCUUCGUAAGGACUUGUGCCUCUUGGGGGACAUCUGCCUGGUCUCAAGCCUGGUCCUCUGGGACUUCUGCAGUGUGAGGGUGGGGUAUUCUGGGAUGACGUCUCCAGGCCUCCCAUCCCUCCCACAGCCACUGCAGCCCCUCUACCUGUCCAUCACACCCACAUGUCUGCCAUGAGAGCCAGUCACUGCCGUUCUCCCAUUGUGUCUCACUGUCCUGAGUGCUCCGCUUCUCCCAGCCCCUACUCUGGCCCCUGGCUAGAUGUGGGUAGUCCCUGCUCUACACUAAGAGGUGGAGUCCUGGGAAGGCAAAGAUUUGGGGCUCAGUCUCUAGUCCUAUGAAUCCAACCAGUGUGUCUGGAGAUAACCCUGGCCACUUCUGUCUGCCUUUUUUUUUUUAAACUUUAGAGUGGUUGCCUCCUAGGCCUGGCCCUCUUCUCCUGUUGAGCUGGAGGCAGCAAAUCAGGUGCCAAAUGCUAGCACCAGUAUGAGCAGGCAAGAAUCCCGGGGCAGGGUCACGCUCCUCCCAUCUCUCACUUCCACCCCAGCUUGUGAUUGCUAGCCUCCCAGAGCCCAGCCGCCAUUAAGUCCCCGUGCACGUGAUCAGCCCUCCAUACCCCAAUUUGGGGAACAUACCCUCUGGAAAUGUUUUCCUCCAGUCCCCAUGGAAGUGGUGUUUGUUGCCUGCCCUGCUGGAGCAGCCAGACAGCUCCACAGAUACCGCCCUUCCCUCCCUCCCUGUACCCUGUACCAUUGUAGUUGGAUUUGUCUGUUUGUCUGGGUUCGCCAGAGUGACUAUGAUAGUGAAAAGGGAAGAAAAAAAAAGAAAAAAAAAAAAAAAAAAAAAGAAAAAACGAGAAAAAAAAAAAAAAGACGCAUGUAGCUUGGACUAUUCGUCAAAAGGUUCUAGCUCACCACCAGGGAUGGAGGUCCUCGGUAUUGCUUGUCUCCACUGGGACUUGGCUCCAGGCCAGUGCAGGGCUUCCCUGCUAGGGCAGCCCAUUCUUUGAAGGUUUUCCUCUGCAUCUGGGACCUCACAGACACUGGAUUGUGACAUUGGAGGUCUCCUAGCUGCCAAGGCCUGAAGCACAGGACCAGCUAGACUCCAGCUGCCAGAGACAGCGGGCUCCACCUGUCAGGGAGAGCUCUCCAGCUGGCCUGUUUUGCAGAGUGAAGAUGGUCCUCUCUAAUCACAGCCUCAUGUCCCACAGCAGCAGUGAAGAUGGUCUAAGAAGACUGCAUCACAAGAGAGAGAUAAAAAGGGCAUCAGUGCCAGCUGGGAGAGCUGUGGCCACAGAAACCCCACGACUCUCCAGAAGACGUCCCUGGGCCAUCUCCAGGCCUUGGCCACCUCACCACAGGGGUUGGGAUGGACUGCCCCACUGAGGAAGGGGACAUCUUAGGAGACUCCCUUAGUUUCCAAGGUGUCAGCCCACUGACUUUGCAUGAUCAUCUCCUACAGCUGCAGAGAGGAGGCCUUAGGAGCUUAGGGAACCUUAGGCCCAAUUCUAUCACUUUUGGAUUGGGUACAGAUAAGGACAAUGUGGAGGGGAGAAGGAAGCAGCCAGCCUUUCCCAUUAAAGAACUGUGCACCCAGAACUACCUAUGGUGAGGCUCCCCACUGCUGAUGGACUUCAACUGUCCUUAGAAAUGAAGGGUCUGAUGGAGAUAAAGGAAGUGUGGUUUGAAGGCCUAUGGUCCCUUCAUCAUGGCUACCUAUUCUGGUUUUAUCUCUUACACCCAUUUGCCCAUCCUGCAGUUUCUGUCCUUGAAUGGGGGCACUCUGCCAUAUCUCUUGUAGAGUGGUCAGCUCCAAAAUCAUGAUCGGGAGUGACCAGGUCAGUGCUGAUAGGCAGUUUACAAAGGGAUUCUGGCUUGUGACUUCAGUGAGGACAAUCUCCAGGGGCCCAGCAUCUGUCCUUUCUUUCCAGGCCUCCCCACUCCAGAUCUUUGGGUGGGCUAGAUAGGGUAUCCCAUAUGCCUGGUUCCCCCAAGCUCUUAAUUCACUUUAUUAAUAGUUCCAUUUAAAUUGACUUCAAUGGUAAGAUUGUAUCUGUUUGAGAUUGCUUGUGCUGUGGGGGGAGGGGGGAGGAACAACAUGUUAAGAUAGUUCACAUGGGCAAAGGGAAGCCUUGGAGUGUAGCCAUCCGUGACCUCAUUUGUGAUAUUGACCACUUGCUCGAGAGAAGAGGUGCCAUGAGGCUUUAGUCUGGAGGCCUGGCUGUCCCACUGACAGGCUUUCCCAAGGCAGAGGCAGCUAGUUCCUUGCCUUCCCAGGCAGGUGCAGCUCCCAGGUUUGUGAAGGAAUCUAUAAACUAAAACUACUCUUGCCUGCUGCCUUCUUGUGGUAUCCGGAGCCCACAACGAUGCCUCCUUAAAACCCUGGCUUCCUUCCCUCUAAGUCAUUAGCACAUCAGUAUCACCUCUGGAUUGGCUUCAUAUCCACAGCCUACAUUACUAGCAGUGGCCAAGACGUCUUCCUUUAGUCUGUUCUCCAGGAAAGUAAGUGGGGACGAGGGCAGAGAUGGUAAUCAAUUAUAGGUCUGUGGCAUUAUGAGCCUUCAACCUUCUCUGGCUUCUGGAAGGAUUACUUUGGGCAGUAUCUCAGUCUCACCCUCCUGAUGGACUGUAGCCUGUGCAGUUACUGUGCUGGGCAUGAUCUCCAGUGCUUGCAAGUCCCAUGAUUUCUUUGGUGAUUUUGGGGGUGGGGGAGGAGGAACAUGAAAUCAUCUUAGCUUAGCUUCCUGUCUGUGAAUGUCCAUAUAGUGUAUUGUGUUUUAACAAAUGAUUUACACUGACUGUUGCUGUAAAAGUGAAUUUGGGAAUAAAGUUAUUAAACAAAA